AUGCCGGCUCCUUAUACACGGCCUGCCGCCGGGGCGGCCACCAGGAAGCCAACGUUGCGACAGCCUACCAGGCGUAUAGCUGCGUCUGCGACCGAAAGAUCGCAGUCUCCAGCAGUUGCUUUGAAACCUACAACGACAAAUAUCAUGCGCCUACAGAGAUCACCAAGCGUGCAGUCGAUCGCAGGCGCCAAACGAAAAGAACGCGAGUAUGAACCAACUGGUGGCGAAGAUACUAGCAUACACGUUGUGGUUCGCUGUCGCGGUCGUAAUGACCGGGAAAUUCAAGAAAACAGUGCGGUUGUGGUGUCGACAGAAGGUACAAAUGGUGUCGAGCUUUCAAUGGGCCCGAAUGCUCUAAGCAACAAAGCAUACCACUUUGAUAAAGUGUUUUCUCCGGCCGCUGAUCAGACCACACUCUUCGACGAUGUUGUUACACCUAUAUUGAACGAGAUGUUAUCCGGAUAUAAUUGUACAAUCUUUGCCUACGGUCAGACCGGUACGGGAAAAACAUACACAAUGUCAGGAGACAUGACCGAUACUUUGGGUAUACUUUCAGAAAAUGCGGGUAUUAUUCCGCGCGUCCUAUACUCGCUUUUCACCAAGCUCGAAGACAGAGAGAGUACAGUCAAGUGCUCGUUCAUUGAAUUGUAUAAUGAGGAGCUACGAGACUUGCUUUCGCCUGAUGAUAAAGCCAACCUCAAAAUUUAUGAGAACGAAUCAAAGAGAGGUCACAACAGCACCACUUUAGUACAAGGCAUGGAAGAGCAUUUCAUCCACUCUGCUACUGCCGGAAUUAAACUACUUCGAGGCGGAAGCUAUAAACGCCAGGUAGCUGCGACGAAAUGCAACGAUCUCAGUUCCCGAAGUCAUACUAUUUUCACAGUGACCACGAGCGUCAAGCGGACUACGGAGGCUGGCGAAGAGUAUAUAAGCACAGGGAAGUUGAACUUGGUCGAUUUGGCUGGUAGUGAAAACAUCCAAAGAAGCGGAGCAGACAACAAACGUGCGGCUGAGGCUGGCUUGAUCAAUAAGAGUCUUCUGACACUUGGAAGAGUCAUCAACGCGUUGGUCGACAAGAGCUCGCAUAUUCCGUACCGCGAGUCCAAACUCACACGCUUGCUCCAGGAUUCGUUAGGAGGUCAGACGAAAACGUGCAUUAUUGCAACGGUUUCGCCAGCGCGAAGCAAUUUGGAAGAGACAAUCUCCACUCUCGACUAUGCUUUCCGGGCGAAGAACAUCCGCAACAAACCGCAGAUCAACUCUACAUUGCCGAAGAAAACCCUACUACGCGAAUAUACUAUGGAGAUUGAACAGCUGAAAAGCGAUCUGAUUGCAACACGGCAUCGCAACGGAGUUUAUCUCUCAGCAGAAGCCUACGAAGAAAUGAAGAUUGAGAGUGAAUCACGCAGAAUCAUCAACGAGGAACAGCGAGCGAAGAUUGAAAGCAAAGAAGCGAGCCUGAAACACAAGACAGAGGAGCUGUUUGCGCUAACGAGCAAUUUCAACAACCUCAAAAAAGACAGUGAGGAAACACGCGCCGCGUUGAACGAGACAAACGAUGUGUUGGAGCAGACCGAGAUUGUUCUUAGAGAUACCAAGAAGCUAUUGGACCAAGAGGAAUUAAUCCGCAAAGCACAUGAACAGACCGAAGAGAAGCUUUAUGGCAUCGGCAGUGAGCUGCUGUCCAAGUUGGAUCAAACAGUUGAACAUGUCAAUGGGCUUCACCAAAAAUUGCAUCGCAAGUCGGAUCUCCACAGCCAUAACCGUGAUACUUGGGAAGCAUCCACCGGAGACGUUGUUGAUGUUACCAAAUUGAUUGAAGACAGGGUUGAGAUCUUCGAAUCCGAGCACUCGGCUCUUGUUCAGGGCCUGUCUACUAAGAUUGCGGAAUUCAUCACGACGGAGUUACAAACAGUCACGACCGGUAACUCACAGAUCAAUACGUCUCGAUAUUUUCUUGCGGAGACGGAGAACGAACUGAAGGAGCAAUCCACCAAAGCUCAUGAUGAGAUGAACGACGUUCUCGAGGAGAUCAAGGUGCUUCGAGAGGAUGUCAAGGGAAAGGUUGGACAGGGAUUGAAUGGUCUUUCAGCGGCCGCAGAGCGGAUAUCAAAGGAAGUCAUUGAUGAAAUGACCGACUUUCAUACACAGCUUCAUUCCUCUUAUAGCACCCUAGGUCGGGAUUUUAAGGCAAUGUUCGAAAAUAUUACGACGCAUAUUGAGUCGCAGAAGACGGAAAUCGAAGAACUUCGUGCGCAACUACUUGAAGCCAAUCGAGAAGCUAUACAAGGAAACCAGUCGGCUGCCACUGAUCUCGAGAAAGCGUUGGAAGAAGAAAGACAGGCCGCCGAGACCGAUCGCGCCGAUUUGCUUUCUCAGAUUAGCUUGCUUAUUGAAGCCUCCAGUCAGAAACAGGCCACGCGUCUCAAGGGACGAGUGGACAAUGUUACGUCGGAUCUAAAGUAUUCUGGUGAUAUCUUGCAAAAAGCUACCGAUAAAUACCAAGAAGGGAUGGAGAAGUGGGUUGACAGGGAAAAUCAGCUGAUUGAAGAUGUCAUUGGUUCUAGAGAUGCUAUCAAGGGGCGUAUGCAGGAGGAUUGGGAGGUUUUUGAGCAACGCAAUGAAUCCAUCCAAAAGUCCACCGAAGCAGUUCACCAAGAAACCAUUCGCAUCGUUGAUGAGCAAGUGCGGCAGAUGGCCGUACAGAUGGAGGCUUUGGAUGACUUUGUGACUAGAGCCAGAUCUCAGAACGGCUCUCAUCACGAAUCUCAUAUGGCUAACCUAGAAGGCCUGACAACGAAUAUCAAGGGCUCCUUUGCGUCACUAGAAGAAGGAUUUGGUAGCAUGAACACCCAACUUCAUGCGUUCCAGGAGACUGUUACCGAGAAAGAGAACAGCCUCAAGCAGGCUGUUACUCCUUUCGUUGAAGAAGUUCGACAGCCGCUGGUCGAGCUCCGAAAUAACAUCCAAAAUGCUCCAAUGACUGAAUACAAGCCAACAGGAACUACUCCACCCAGGACUUCUUACGAAUAUCCGAGGACAUUACCCCGAACAGCUUCCCACAGCGCCUUGCUCGACAAGCUAAAGCAAACCACCCAGCCUAUACUCACACCCCUUGAGGAGGAAACCUUGGACCCAGGCUUAAAAUCACCAAUCAAACAUCGCAUGGGCUCACCGAAGAAAACACGGGUCUACAAUGACGCUGAGGACGAGGUAGGCGAACCUACCAUUACCACCUCCACAAUCAUCACAUCAUCCAACACGGGUCUUAGGGAGGUCGACUUAAACGUCGCCGCGAAACAACUCAACUCUAGUUCCCCGGAGCGCGAUUUUUCGAAAUCAAUCAUCGAUGUUUUGGAGGACCCGGCUGAGCCACCUCCUAAAAAACGACAGGCUGCUUCGGAGAGUAAGCUUCCCCAAAAGGCUUUGAUGCGCCGCGCGCCACCUGGAAUUGCACUGGAUGGGAGGGAGAAUGCCCCUCUUGAUGCGUGUAUUGGAAGACGGUUGCGCAAUAGACCGUCCAUUGGUUAG